AGCUUUCUAGCUUUUUCAUUCAAGAAACUCGUUCGCCUUAUACAAAAUCAACAACUACAGCAGCUUGCUGAUCUACAUCUAUCAUUCUUACUCUUAGUAGAGUUCCAAGAACGAGUGCGUGUACGACAAAAAUGGAGGAGCAAUAUGAACUCGGCGGUGAAGACGGUGAGGGGACGGCACAGUUCGGUAUUUUCAAUUCGCCAUUCAUGCUUGCACGAGCGCGGGAACGGAGGUAUGGCUCAGGUGUUAUUCACAGGAAGCAUCGAGACGGAAUGAUCGUAAACGGUGGAGUGACCACGCUUGUUCUACGUGGUCUACUGAAGGGACGCAGAUAGAUCUGUAAUUAGAAACAGCGAAUGCGAAAGAUGAUUCCGAUAUGAAUAUGGACAUGUAGAGCUCUAACGUGAACCAGAAGCUGCAAGAGACAAGAACAUUGCAGCGCAUACGGAAAUCCAGAAAACCAGGAGCACGGCGAGUAACAAGUUUCUGGCACUGCCUCCAGCUGGCGGGUCACUCCCCGUCGGCUUGCCGCACUCUGCCUCGGUUGCUGCAGCCAGUACGACUUCCGUAGUCGUUCCUCGGGUGGGAGAAGAAUACGUAUGGUCACAAGAUGAGGAAAGUAAGCGUUUAGAAGUGCUCAAGCUCCUCAAUGUUGAUAAUUACGACUACGUUGAGGUUCGGGUGUCGUUUGACUUUCUUCAUCUACUUACAGUAAUGAAAUAGGGCGUUCUUGUACUUGAAUGUGAUUAGUACCUCCAGUUUGGGCAAGUACUAAAACUAAAUCAAAAUUAGUUGUUAGGUACGAGCCAAUGCCUAAACCAGUAAGCCAUCUGCGCAGUUGGCUUAGUGGUUUAGGCGUUGGCCUGUUCACUUAUCAAUGUAUAUCCAGCCCCUUCUGCGAGGACUGUCCGUCUACUUUGUUCAUCUCUUUUGAGCUCGGCUUCCGAUCCUGGAGUACUAUUUUACAACGAUCCCUCUGUUCGUACUCGUGGUAGUGGCCGUGGUGCUAGACGGGGUAGAAGAGAGGGAGAGCAGGUUGCUUCUUCUUCGUCGGACACUGGAGAUCCUAGUUCGGAAGAUGAGACUCAUAUGGAUGGAGCGUCGCACGCGGCUAUGCCGGUGGCGUCUCUGGAAGAGCAGAUUUUGAGAGCGAAUGCAGAACGGACCUCGCGAGAAUUGGACUCGGCGUUGCAACCAAGCAACGUCGACGUGGGACAGGAAGAAACGUUUAUGUUGAGAAACAGAAAGUAAACUAACAACACGAAGAACUUUUGUUUAAUAUACUUGCUAGUCCAUCGCUCCUCGGUGUAUUUGCUCUUCUUUUCAGAAGGUACAAAGAGGCUGAAGGACCUCAUUACUACUUGACCAUGUAGUGCCUGAGGUAACAUGACAUGACAUGAGUGACGAAUUUGUUACUUUUUUUAGUGGCUGCGGUAUAAGUUUUCGCGUGAGAGAGAGAUAUAUCAGACUCAAACAAAGGAGUAAGAAGUGUUAGUGUAGUACAUCACCGCAGGAGGACCACAGGACCAAAACAUCCGAAAGCCUGCUCAUUAACACCCUUUCGCUCCCCCGUCUUUCCAGUUCCACUGCUUCCUUCUUCAUACGCUUGCAGCACCUCCCCCUACCAAGACACAUCCCCGAUACGAAUUUGAUUGGCGGGCUUUUGUUUGGAAAGCAAGGCUACUAUGGGCUGGCGAAAAGCAGCACUGCUGUUAAGACUUACAAGAAUUCAUCUUCAGAAGCAUCUCUGACCCCUUUUCUAAGUAGAGGGAAACAGGUCAAAGAUGCUUCUCAAGAAACAAGAUGCAUAUAGGUAGGGUCUAUGUCUAAUUCUGUGGAAGAUCGAUUACAGGUCUACAUUGCUUUGCGUGUGUACUACAUCAGGCACGUUGACUGCAAAGAAGGAACGUUUGAAUUGUCUUUUCGACAGUUGAGGACGAUCAGAAGACCCCCAGCCAUGGAUGACAUCCUUCCGAUAUUACGGGAAAGAGCAGAGGCUGCGCAAAAUGCAGGAAAGAAGCGGGUCUCAAGAGAUGGUAGCCGAUCCGGAAGUGCAGUACUCGCGAGAGCAGGCCGCGACAGUCGAAUGAGCAAUGGAAGCGUUAUUAGUAUGGCAGUAGUAGCAAGGGAAAUCUGAAGCAGGAGAUUGUCGAAUAGAUUCGCAUCAUCAGGAUGGCACGAGGCUAUUUUUAUAGCGAGCAGUUCUUCUUGAGGAAAAGCGAGCUGUCAUGAAAAUCUUCGCUGAUGACUACCACGAUCCUUUUUGGAUAUGCGAUUUUGAUUUUCACUUGACCAGAAACAUCAGAAUGGAAAUUUCUAUUUCAUCUGACGAAUCAUAAAGAAACUCAUGUGAAGAAUUCUCCACUAAUUCCUAAGCGACAAGCAGAAGCAACAACAUUGUUAAGUCAGCAGCAAGAAACAGGGAGCGAGAGGAGGCGCGUGAGAGGAGGUUUUCAUCUUCUGCACAGAGUAGUGGAAGUAGGAGUAUGAGUAGACAUGAUCAAGUCCAAGCUGGAGGAGGCACAAGAGACUUUAACACUGGUUUUUCUAGUGAUGCCGCUGCUCCAGAAAGGAUCGAAGUCCGUUUGCAGACUCCCAUAAGUGCAUCGCGUAUGACGGAGCAGAAAACACCAGAGAAUGACGAAGAAGGGAUGGUGCGAGAGGCUGAUGACUUUCUUCGCAACGGUGGGGAUGGCCACGACCGGGUAAACGGAAAUGGUAAUGGAAAAGGAAAAGGCGGUACUAGUAGUGCGACUAGUAGUAGUACAGGACCAGUAGCAGAAGCAGUAGAAGCUGUGUCAAAGGCGACGCAUGGAGGCAAACGCACUGGCAGGCUCGUCAUUAAGCGUGAAGCACAGACUCCCCGACGUGGACCGCCAGUAAAGGCCAAGUACAGACGAGGAAAGGCAGAGGGCGAAGAGCUGUAUGCGCCUCAGGCAGAUGAACCAGAAGUAGGCGACGAACCUUCCGCUGUUGAUGGGCAAAAAGUCGAAUAUUCGCCUCAAAGAAAGGGACAGCGGACACUCCGCAGUAUAACAUCACCCAGCAGACUUGUUUUAGCAAAGAGGUCUGGUGGUUCUGUUUCUCCAAGGCCUAAGGCCCCGAAAAGUGCGUCCCCAACACGAGGACAACGUUGGGAUAAUUCAAUGAGAAACAUCGCGGGUGGGAGAGCAACCGCGACACGCUAUUACCUAACCGAAGAGGAUCUGGCAAUAUGGCAGUCCUUCUGGGUUAUCAUCAUCACAUCAACAGUUCAUCUCUCAAGUAAGUAGUUGCUCUUCCAAACUAUCUGGGUCGUGAUGUUGGAACCAUACUAGUAGCACGAACGAAGAAAAAUUUUUUGACUUCAAAAAUCCUCUAAUAACAGAGUUCUGGGAAGCAGUGCCCUUGCCACAAGAGUUAGUCUUUUCGAAUGGGGUUGAUGACGAAGGCCGCGAUGUGUCAGAGGAUCGGCCUUUCUUAUGGGAAGGUUCAGUUCUCUUUCUCUUGGAGCUCUCGGUCUUCUUGACUGAAGAUCAAGGUCUUUGGUCACAAGAAGCACUCGCUAUGAUCUAAAAUAAGUAACCUGUGACCAAGUAAACCCUAGUAGAGGAGCGUAAAAGUAUAUAUUUAUAUAUAACGUCUUUCCCUGUAGAAGCCCAUUUCUAAUUCAGGUUCAUCUGGAGACUGGCGACAUCCAUCAUUUCGUAUACGGAAAGGUGGUCCUAGAGCAGCACUAUGACAUGCGAUUUUUCCCCUUCGAUACACACGAUUUGUGCGCAAAUUUAAGCAACAAUUUCAGUGGGGAUCAGGCAACAAUGAACAUAAUCGUGUACGCUGUGGACUUCGAUCGGCGAGCAAUGUUUUUAAGGGCAAUUUAAGUAUUAGUUGUUGUAGUUGCACCAGGUGGGACCACGGAUGAGUCCCAGUUCUCACUCACUGACAAUGAAAGUGUCUGUGUGUAAGAUUUAUUUUACUGAAGACGAAGCAAGUUGUGUAGAAGCAAACUACAAUCGCCACGUCGACUUCCUCAUCCUACGUUACGUUUCUUCCCACCCCAACCUAAGUACGUAAACGCCUUUCUUUAAUCCUUGACCCGGAAUGGAACUUGUGCCAACCGUUGAUUUUGCGGAAGUCGCCGGUGGAGACGUCGAUCUUCUUUCCCGUGCGAAGAUAUCCCUUCUACUACACCGUCAACUUCGUUUUGUUUCUUUUCUGUCUGAAUUUGAUCGGGCUCGCGGGUUUUUCGAUUGAAGCCGGUGCUGUGGCCGAUCGCUUGGCGAUUUCUGCGACGGUCGCAUUAGCCGCCAUUGCCUACAAGGUGGUAUGCAGCGACGUGCUGCCACGGAUCAACUAUUAUGCCAGCAUAGAGAAAAAGUGAACCCUUGAAAAUGGACAUGAAUUUGAUCAUGAGUAUUCAGUGUUUAUUUGGCUCGUCCACGUUUUAUUCUUCACCCACUCUACCAUGAUUUCCAUUCGUCAACAUGUAUAGUAUAGAGAUCUUCUUCUAGUGUACUUCUAACACCUCUCAACCGCAAUGGAUUAUUACAUUCUUGGUAGCUUUUUUUGGAUCUUCGUGCUGAAUUGCUACUUUGCUAGCGUGCCUAGCUUUUUGUAUUACCAUCGGGACGUCGAAACCAUGGAAGCGUAUUUUGAUGAAGCGCUUCCGUGUGGGCUUCUUGGGACUACAGCGUUAUGAAAAACGGAUUCAGCAACAGGAGCUCGUGCACGACUUGAUAUAAUUAGUGAUUUGAUCUUCCUGUACAACAACAUAUCUUUCAGUGGUUUCAAUUUAAUGUCGUGUAUUAGUAUUUUCGAUUCAAAAUCAGUAUUAGUAUUUUUCGAUAGAGGACGAGCGGAUCAUGUUCAUGUCAUUCUUUCACCUCCUGACCUAUGUAUUUACUCGAGUCUUGCAUUCUGAGAAGAUGCGUUGUUCAGCUUGAUUCUAAGACCGGUACUAAUCCCGGGACUUUGGCAAUGCCUGCAGUGGUACGUGGAGUCGAAGGUAUCGAAACUGCAUCGCCCAAUCCCUUUGGCUGGGAGCGAACCUUACAUCCUCUUUCUGUUAUGGACGAUUUCAAAUGCACUGUAGUUACAUCACUCACAUGUUUUUUAUAGGGAAGACAACAUGGCUACGUCGUAGUAGUUGCAGGACGACACCGUUACAGACACAGUCUGCCGUGAAUUCAGGUGCAGAACGUCACGAAGAUGAUUUCCUUCUAACGCUCGCUUGCGAGGGUGUAUACUUCGUAAAAGAGGCUUUCGCGUUGGCAGGAAGUUCCGGGUGACGAGAGGUAGUUCGGUGAUUGGGAUUACCAGCUGAAGGUGAAUGUGAGUGCAUAUGCCUACUUGAAAAUGCCUAAGCUGCUAUUGCUAUUAGAUAGCUCACAUCAUGAAAAUGCCGAACAGAAAAACUGGUUCUGCUUCUGGUUGUUGUACAUUAUAGAAUUUUUUUGCGCUUGACGAGAAGGAGAACAGAGGAGCUGCAGCAGGUGAUCCUGUGGCAGCCGCAGCGGUAUGGACAGAACAACUCAGAUGGGCAUGCAGGUAGCGUAGCUUUGUUUGUCUGCUGCUAUGACCGACGCAGAAAGAGCCACAUUGUGCAGGAGGCUGAAUUUUGAUCUCUGAUGGAAAUUUUGUGAAGUGAACCCUCAUAGCUGCGAGUGAUUCUUUUUUUGCCUGAGCAGGACAAGCUUUUGUGGAGAGCAUAAAAAUAUAAAUAUUUCACCUGAGUAGAGCAUACCCAUA